AUGGCCACGCAUAAUACUGCAUACACUCUACUGGAGGAGGAAGUCCCGAUCGGGACGUCAUUCGUGCCGACGUCGAUGGGCACUCCCGGGGGUCUCCCCCCUUUGCCUCCACCGGUCGCAUUUGGACCAAAUGUACCUGGAGCUUACAGAAUGAGCGACCCUGCAUCUUCGCCGUAUUCCCCACCUCCCUAUGGAUUUCACGACAACAUUGCCGACACUUUAGGUGACGCUUACCACAGUGAGGAAGACCCACCACCUUUUGACGAUAACCAGGACUUCGGUUAUGGAUUGGAUGAUAAAAGCAUAAGACGAGCUUUCAUUCGGAAGGUUUUCUUGGUGCUCACUGCUCAGCUGGUGGUGACGUUCUCCUUCGUAAUGGUUUUCACCUUUGUGGAAGGAAUCAAGGCGUUCGCGAAGGAGAACAUCUGGCCCUAUAUUUUGUCCUACGUUACAUUCUUUGUUUGCAUGUGCGCAAUCAGCUGCUCUGGAAACCUCCGUAGGAAACAUCCAUGGAACCUGGUUGCAUUAUCCAUCCUGACUCUCAGUAUGUCAUAUAUGGUUGGAAUGAUUGCCAGCUUCCAUGAAACUGACAUAGUGCUCAUGGCAUUGGGAAUCACAGCUGUGGUUUGCUUUACAGUGGUCGUCUUCUCUCUCCAGACCAAGUAUGACUUCACUUCCUGUUAUGGCGUGAUGUUCGUAUGCUUGGUUGUUCUCGUCCUCUUCAGCUUCCUGUGCAUCAUAUUACAGAACGGAAUCCUGAACAUUUUUUAUGCUGGACUGGCAGCCUUGCUAUUCACCUGUUUCUUGGCAGUGGAUACCCAGCUGCUGCUUGCCAACAAGGAACUGUCCCUGCAUCCAGAAGAAUACAUCUUUGCUGCACUUAACCUGUACAUGGACAUCAUCAACAUCUUUAUCUACAUUCUUUCUUUGGUGGGAAGAGCAAGAGGGAGCUAA